AUGGUAAAUGAGAAAAAUACACGCGACAUAUUAACACAAAAAGAAUCAUCAUCAUCAUUCUCAUUCUCUCUCGCUCUCUUUAAUAAGAAGAAAAAAAAGAAUCAAAAAAAGAAGAAAACAAAAAGGAAGAAAGAAGAAAAGAAGAAAAUGAUGAUCAAUAUAACCUAUUAUUGGUAUGAUUAUUGGCAACAGAAUGGCCAUCCAUAUUCAAUGAAUUAUUGGAUCAGUAUGAAUGGUCCAACACGUAUUACAAUCAUUAUUGUUGGUUAUCUUUAUUUCUGUCUAUCAUUGGGACCAAUUUUAAUGAUGAAUCGUAAACCAUUUGUAUUAAGAAAAAUAAUGUUCAUCUAUAAUAUAAUGACCAUCAUAUUGAAUUUAUAUUUUUUCAUACAAUCAUUAUAUUAUCUUGAUUAUGGUCGCCGGUUAUUUGAUUUUAAAUUUCCUGACCACACCAUCAUUACCGAUGUUGAUGUUGAACAAAUUUCAUUGACACAUUUUUAUCUAUGGACUAAAUUGCUUGAUUUAUUUGAUACAAUUUUUUUUGUUUUACGUAAAAAAAAUAAUCAAAUUAGCGGUCUACAUCUUUAUCAUCAUUCCAUUGUACCAUUAUUAGGUUGGUGUGCAUUCUGUAUUGCACCAACUGCAUCGUGUUUAGGAAUAUUUCCAUUGUUCAACACAGCAAUACAUUGUAUUAUGUAUAGUUAUUAUGCAUUGUCAUCGUUUGGUCCAAAAAUACAGCCAUAUCUUUGGUGGAAACGUUAUAUAACACAAUUACAAUUAGCACAAUUCGUUAUAUAUGGUAUUUAUUUGAUACCAUUUUUUAAAUAUCAACAAGGUUAUCCAAUAAAAUUCUGGCGUUUUAUUGCCGUACCACAGCCGAUCAUAUUUUUCUAUCUAUUUUAUCGUUUUUAUCGUCAAUCAUAUAUGGCAAAAAAUGAACGACAACGUAUGAUGAUGAUGAUGAUGAUGAAUAAAAUGGAUGGUCAUCAAACAAAAUUAUCAUCACCGACGACGACGACGACGACGGCAACAUUGUCAUCGAAUAUUGAUCAAUUGGAGAUUCGAAAACGAACCAAUUUUUCGUUAAUGAAUAAUGAUCGUAAUAAUAAUAUCGAUAUACCAUCAUCAUCAUCAUCAUCAAUGAAAUCAUCGGCAAUAACAUUUGUACAGCAAUAAUUUUACCAUAUAUAUGGUAAACUUUACGAAAUUCAAAAACAAAAAAAAAAAAUGAAACUUUAAUUAUCCAAAAUUAAUGAAUGGCUCCACGUUUAAAAAAAAAUUUGUCUACUUCUGAUAUAUAAACCAAUUAUUUAAUUGAAAAAACCUCAAAAAAACAUGAAAUUAAAUGAAACUUUUUUUGAAACAUCCUGGUUGUU